GAACGAUUGACCUCUUUUACUCAGAGGCACCCGCAGGACUGGACCGUCACUCAGCCAGGACUUCCACUUGACCUCGCAGAAACUCCAGCAGAGAAGGGACGGGGCCUCUCACAAGACACCAGCUCACCAACUAUGUCCUCCACCGCACACUUUGCCAUUGGCUUGUUGGUUCCUCACCUACGUCGAAAAAGCGGUCUCAGAUCACGGGCACCAGAGUACCUGCAUUCCACACUAUAUACAUACUACCAAUACUGCUACUGAUCGACGUUCGUCAUCGCAUUUGGCGCGUGUCGCGGUGAAGGAGGUUGAAACGAACUAGGUAAGGUAGCUAACCUAGCUGACUGUUUCGCCGCAUUGGUCGACUUGGACGACUUGGACGACUUGGAUUGUUUGACUGUGGGCCAGAAGCAGUCAAGAGUUUGUUGGCUAAGGAAAAGUGGAAAGUGGAUAUAUAGUUGAAGAACGACAGCCGUCCGGUUCCCUCUUGGGGUUACAGGGGUUGCAGAAGUUGUUACGGAAGUCCUCAGCACAGAAACCAUCACAAACUCAAAAGUCGAGGACACAUUGGAAGACGAAAUCAACGAAAUCAUCAUGCGCCCAGACGUGAUCCCGAGGAAACUCUGGGAGCACCCGGACCCGGAGAGCACGCCGAUGUGGCGGUUCUUGCAGAAUGUGAAUAAGCGACAUGGACUUGACAUGAAGACCUUUUCGGAGCUCCAUGAAUACUCCCUCCGAAACCGCUCGCAAUUCUGGGCAGACGUCUGGGAGGAAGCCAACUAUAUCCACGAAGGCACCUACAGCAGAGUAGUCGACGAAUCCGCCCCCAUUGACGCCGUUCCCAUCUGGUUCGAGGGCGUCAAGCUCAGCUACGCCGAGAACGUGCUCUACUCCCGACCCAAGGGCAGCUCUUCAAGUCAAAUCCGAUCCACAGUAGGGAAGGAAGACGACAAGGUAGCCGUGACCGAGGUGCGUGAAGGCGCAAGCGAAACCCGCGAUGCCACCUACGGCGAGCUGCGCGAGCGAGCAGGGAGACUAGCCGCCGCGAUGAAGGCGCGUGGAGUCAAGAAGGGCGACAUUGUGGUCAUUGUGGGUUCCAACAGCAUCGACACACUGCUCGUCUGGCUGGCCACCUCGUGGCUGGGCGCCAUCUUCAGCAGCAGCUCUACCGACAUGGGCACCAAGGGCAUCCUGCAGCGGACGGUGCAAGUUAAUCCCAAGCUGCUUUUUAUGGACGACGCAGCCCUCUACAACGGCAAGAUCGUCGACCUCCGGGAAAAGAUGGCCGAAGUGGUCGAGGGCCUCAAAGACUGCAGCAACUUUGACAACAUAGUCUCCAUCCGACGCUUCUCCGAAGCCCGCGACAUCUCGGCCGUUCCAAAAGCCAUCACCUGGGACGACUUUCUUGCUUCCGCAGGCGCCACGCCCGCCAUCCCGGACUUCGUCCGCAUCCCCUUCCACGAACCCUACCUGAUCUGCUACUCCUCCGGCACCACCGGAACGCCCAAAGCCAUCGUACACUCCCUCGGCGGCGUGAUGAUCUCUUACUUCAAAGAAGGCGGGCUCCACGAAGGUCUGACGGGCUCCGACGUAACCCUCCAAUACACCACCACAGGCUGGAUCAUGUACCUCUCCAACGUUGCCAUCUUGCUCUACGGCGGCAAAACCAUCAUCUACGACGGCUCGCCGUUCAAACCCGACUCCUCCAUCUUGAUUUCCCUCGCCGCCCAGCAUAGAGCUACCAAGUUAGGCAUUUCUCCCCGAUGGAUGUUCGAAUUUGCCAAAAACGGCCAAUCACCCCGUGAAAUGGCCGACCUCUCAGCUCUGCGGAUCGUCACUUGCACAGGGAUGGUUCUCUCCGACCAGCUCUUCGAGUGGUUCUACGACUCUGGCUUCCCCCCUUCGGUCCAACUCGCCAAUAUCUCAGGAGGCACCGACAUCGCCGGCUGUUUCGGCAUCUGCAACCCCCUGACGCCCGUCUACGUCGGCGGCACCCAGGGUCCCUCGCUGGGCGUCGCCGUGGAAAUCUACGACUCCAUGGUUGGGGAUGGCGAACCAGGCCGUCCCGUCCCCGAAGGCACAGCAGGCGAACUGGUCGCCACCACCGCAUUUCCCAACCUCCCUUGCUUCUUCUGGGCCGAUCCCAUUCCCGACGGCCAGAAAGGGGGGGUGGCGUCCCCGGGAACGCGCUACCACUCUGCUUAUUUUGCGCGCUUCCCGCACGUCUGGGCACACGGCGAUUUCUGCGUGAUUCACCCGACCACGCGAUCUUUGCACCUCCUCGGUCGCGCCGACGGGGUUCUCAACCCUUCGGGUGUGAGAUUUGGCUCGGCGGAGAUUUACAGUGUCAUUGAGCGCAGGUUCGCCGAUCGCGUGCAGGAUUCGUUGUGUGUAGGGCAGAGGAGGCCGAAGGAUCAUGAUGAGAGUGUGAUGCUCUUCUUGCUGAUGAAGCCCGGCCAGAAGCUGGAUGAGGCGCUAGUGAAGGAGGUCAAGGAGGCGAUUGGAAAGGAUCUGAGUAAGAGGCAUGUGCCGAAAUGGAUUUUUGAGACGCCUGAGAUUCCGACAACCAUCAAUCUUAAAAAGGUUGAAUUACCCGUCAAACACAUCGUGUGCGGACGCAAGGUCAAGCCGAGUGGGACGCUGGCUAAUCCGCAGAGUCUGGACUUUUACUACCAGUUUGCCAAGGUGGAGGAGCUGGUGAAUCCUCAUCCUAACCUUUGAGGGUAUAAUAAUGGGGGAUGAUCUCUGAGUAUGGGGAUGUCUUUUACGAACUUACGAUAAUCAUGUAAUGUUUGAUGUAUGAUCAGGGGAUUAUUAGUACGACAGUAAUGUACACGACACAAGGGUUGGAUACGAUGAUGAGCUGAAUCCAAGACUUACCAACCACUGGCUCGAUUCCAACCCAAUACCCCGUCAUGAAUCAUCUGCUUUUAAU